UACCGAGUGGCGUUCGAUUGUGAGGAAGAGCUUUGGCAGCCGCGCAGCGCGAACAGAAGAUGCGAGUAUUCGGAGUAGCAGUGCUGUGUGUGGCGCUGGUCGCUACGGCCCUAGCGGAACUACCUCCCCAUCAAGGCGGAAACGGAAACGGAGGUGGUGGCUACGGCGGUGGUGGUUUCAAUGGAGGCGGUGGUGGUUUCAACGGAGGCGGUGGUGGUUUCGGCGGUGGCGGUGGUGUGACGCUGCAGAAACCGGUCGGCCCACAAACGUCCGAGGGCCUGAUGGUUGACCAGCAGCUCUUGGAGCAGGUCAAAAUGGUUCUACUGGAACACGAGCAGAGUGCCGGCCAGAACGGGAACGGGGGAUCCGGUGGUCCGAGCUCGUCCUAUGGUCCACCCCGGGGGGGCGCGGAACGCGUCAUCGGGCUGGUGCUGGAGCAGCCUGUCCAAAGCAUCCCGCUGGCCGAGUACUGGCAGGGUGAUCAGCCGCCCCAGAACCCCAGCUCCUCGUAUGGAGCUCCCCGCUAGAAUGACCCGACGUACCCGCGAACUGCCUGGCCGAAAUGAUGAGCGGAAACGAGAGAGAGCAGAGCGUAAAACAGAACACGAAAAUGAAUGCAGCAGAAAAAAAUCGAAAAAAUAAAUAGAAAAUUUGUC